CCCCUCACUUCAAUACAGGGAUGCAAAUAAGACUCCCGUUGCGUAGCAAGUUGGUUGAUUCCUGUUUGUGUUUUUAAACCAUGAGUUUAAUAAGACGCACCUGUGCUUGUUACCUGCACACGCUGUUUCUUAUCAAGCUUGUAGUGGAAGCUGGAGUCUUGUUUCCAUCCCUGUAUUUAAGGCAGUUCUGCACUGACAGUGUUCUGGGUGCUUCAGGUGGAUUAUUGACCUUUUUUCUUCACUCGGUUUUAUCAGAUCGUGUUACAACCCUGUCUCUGGCUCUUGGGGUUCAGGUUACACGAUACAAAGGCAUUUGUUCUUUUAAAGUUAGGCAUGCGGUCCUCUAGAACCGUCGGGUUGGCACAAGGAAACUUUUUUUGGGGGGGUCGCUAGGAACUGAAGUUGACCUGUUAAAAGGGUCAUUUUAGUUUUAUUGGGUUUUUUUUGGUUUUUGUUCUGUGGAGAAUAACCCUUCAUUAAUUGAGCCGUGGAGUUGUGGGUUCAUCGGCUUCUCCACUUCAUGUUGCCAAAAUGUUCCAAAAAUCAAUCCAGGCAGUGUUGUGCGGGUUCAGGAUUGCCAGCAGAUGGAUCCAGGCAGUGUUGUGUGGGUUCAGAUUGCCAGCAGAUGGAUCCAGGCAGUGUGUGGGUUCAGAUUGCCAGCAGAUGGAUCCAGGCAGUGUUGUGUGGGUUCAGAUUGCCAGCAGAUGGAUCCAGGCAGUGUUGUGUGGGUUCAGAUUGCCAGCAGAUGGAUCCAGGCAGUGUUGUGUGGGUUCAGGAUUGCCAGCAGAUGGAUCCAGGCAGUGUUGUGUGGGUUCAGAUUGCCAGCAGAUGGAUCCAGGCAGUGUUGUGUGGGUUCAGAUUGCCAGCAGAUGGAUCCAGGCAGUGUUGUGUGGGUUCAGAUUGCCAGCAGAUGGAUCCAGGCAGUGUUUUGUGGGUUCAGAUUGCCAGCAGAUGGAUCCAGGCAGUGUUGUGUGGGUUCAGGAUUGCCAGCAGAUGGAUCCAGGCAGUGUUGUGUGGGUUCAGAUUGCCAGCAGAUGGAUCCAGGCAGUGUUGUGUGGGUUCAGAUUGCCAGCAGAUGGAUCCAGGCAGUGUUGUGGGUUCAGGAUUGCCAGCAGAUGGAUCCAGGCAGUGUUGUGGGUUCAGGAUUGCCAGCGGAUGGAUCCAGGCAGUGUUGUGGGUUCAGGAUUGCCAGCGGAUGGAUCCAGGCAGUGUUGUGGGUUCAGGAUUGCCAGCGGUGGUCUUCAAGACGGUGUCCCUUCCUGUUCCUCUUGUAUUUAAAUGGCUUAACCCUUGUAAUAACAUUAAAUGCACUUUACCCAACUUGUACAGGUAUGUAUAGAGCUUUAUUUCUUACAUGUUUCAAAUGGAGGGGAAAGGGGUGGGGUGGGGGCUGUGGUCUCUGCCAUGGGGGGGUUGUAAUACAUAUUGUUGUAUUCAUUUCUAAUCAAACCCUGAUUUGCAUUGUAAGCACACUAUACAGAAAAAAACAGAGCUUGUUUACAUUCCUAUAAAAGGUAGCAACCUUAUUAAAAAGGGAGGGGUUGGGGGGGACGAAGUGGAAUCCUGCUAUCCCUAGCAGGUUUAAAAAAAAAAGUAUUUUUGCAGUUUGUUUUUUUGCCUUAAAGAAAAUGACUUGACUGUAAUUGACUGUCCCUGGGAUUGGAGACAGUUUCUGUAUUCAUACGUUUUUCACUGUAAACUAACCCUUUGUGAUCCAACUAAAUUGUUGUAAAAAUUAUAAAUAAAAAAAAAAAAAGAGGAAUU